AUGGCGGUUCCCGGCGAUGUUGUCCAUGCACGGAGAAGUUUUGCGGCGAAUUUCGCGGAUUCUGGCGAGAUGAGCUCCAGAAAAUUUCGUCUGCAUACCAACAAGGCAGGAGAAUGCAAGAGAACACAGGAGAUAGCAGGAGAAUGCAAGAGAACGCAGGAGAAAGCAGGAGAACACAGGAGAAACCAGGAUAACACAGGAAAAACCAGGCGAAAUCAGGAGAACACAAGAGAAAGCGGUAGAAUACAGGAGAAAGCAGGAGAAAGCAGGAGAGCACAGGAGAAAGCAGGAGAAUGCAGAGAAAGCAGGAGAACACAGGAGAAAGCUGUAGAAUACAGGAGAAACCAGGAGAACACAGAAGAAAGCAGGAGAACACAGGAAAAGCAGGAGAAUACAGGAGAAAGCAGGAGAAUACAGGAGAAAGCAGGAGAAAGCAGGAGAAUACAGGAGAAAGCAGGAGAACACAGGAGAAAGCAGGAGAACACAGGAAAAAGCAGGAGAAUACAGGAGAAGCCAGGAGAAAGCAGAAGA